UCUUAGAGAGAGCGGCUGCAUUUUUGAAUCGGCGGCGGCAGCCUCCCUCGAGCCAUGGCGGCGCCAGUGAGGAGAGUCGGUGUCUGAGGAGCAUUAGCCAAGGGCCGCGCCGGAGUGGUUCCUUUUUUUUUUAUAUCUGAGCGUGGUGAGGACUGCGGGCCUUCAUAAAAUAGUAUAAACAAUGGCUGACAACAGUGUAUUAAUAUCUCCUACUGAGAUAACCGGCUUGGCAGACUCUUCCAUUUUUGAUUCUAAAGUUACUGAAACUUCCAAAGAACACUUGUGCAUGGCAUCUACUUCAAACGUUGAUGAGGAAAUGCCUCAGGUUGAAGCCAGAGUGGUUAUGGUCCAGGAAGCUGGGGAACAAGAAGAGCUCGUCAAGGCCGUGAAGACUGUUAAGAUAAUGGAAGUCCCCGUUAUAAAGAUAAAAGAAAGUUGUCCUGGAAAAUCGGAUGAAAAAUUAAUAAAAAGUGUAAUUAAUAUGGAAAUUAAAGUGCCCUGUGUGAAGAUGGACUCAAUGGAAGAAUUUGGAAGUUUGGAUUCGCCAGAAUUUGAGAAUAUUUUUGUAGUCACUGACUUUCAGAGUUCUGUCUUCAAUGACUUAUACAAGACUGACUGUAGAAUUGUUGGGCCACCAGUUAUACUCAACUGUGCACAGAAGGGAGAGCCUUUGCCGUUUUCCUGCCGGCCGCUGUACUGUACAAGCAUGCUGAACCUCGUGCUGUGCUUCGCUGGCUUCAGGAAGAAGGAGGAGCUCGUCAAGUUGGUGACAUUGGUUCAUCAUAUGGGUGGAGUUAUUAGAAAAGAGUGUAAUUCCAAAGUAACACAUCUAGUGGCAAAUUGUACACAAGGAGAAAAAUUCAGGGUUGCUGUGAGCCUGGGUACUCCAAUUAUGAGGCCAGAAUGGAUUUAUAAAGCGUGGGAAAGACGGAAUGAACAGUGUUUCUGUGCAGCAGUUGAUGAGUUUAGAAAUGAAUUUAAAGUUCCUCCAUUCCAAGAUUGUGUUUUAAGUUUCCUGGGGUUCUCAGAGGAAGAGAAGCGCAGUAUGGAAGAGAUGACUGAAAUGCAAGGAGGUAGCUGUUUACCAGUUGGGGACGAAAGGUGCACUCACCUUAUUGUUGAAGAGAGCACAGUAAAAGAGCUUCCAUUCGAACCUUUGAAGAAACUUUUUGUUGUCAAGCAAGAGUGGUUCUGGGGAAGCAUUCAGAUGGAUGCUCGUGCUGGAGAAACUAUGUAUUUGUUUGAAAAGGCUAACACUCCUGAGCUCAAGAAAUCAGUGUCUCUGCUGUCUCUAAAUACCCCAAAUAGCAACCGCAAAAGACGAAGACUGAAAGAAACACUGGCUCAGCUCUCCAGAGAGGCUGACCUCUCACCUUUCCCUCCCCGUAAGCGGCCCUCAGCAGAACACUCCCUCUCUAUUGGAUCGCUCCUCGAUAUCUCCAAUACACCUGAGUCUAGCAUGCACUAUGGAGAAACACCCAAGUCUUGUACUAAGUCUUCUAGAAGUUCUACUCCUGUUCCUCCAAAGCAGUCAGCCAGGUGGCAAGUGGCAAAAGAACUCUAUCAGACCGAGAGUAAUUAUGUAAAUAUACUGGCAACAAUUAUUCAGUUAUUUCAGGUACCCUUAGAAGAAGAAGGGCAGCGUGGUGGACCUAUUCUUGCACCUGAGGAGAUCAAGACUAUUUUUGGGAGCAUUCCAGAUAUCUUUGAUGUACAUAUGAAGAUAAAGGAUGAUCUUGAAGACCUUAUUGUCAACUGGGACGAGAGCAAAAGCAUUGGUGACAUCUUUCUUAAAUAUUCAAAAGAUUUGGUAAAAACCUACCCUCCAUUUGUUAACUUCUUUGAAAUGAGCAAGGAAACAAUUAUUAAAUGUGAAAAACAGAAGCCCAGAUUUCAUGCUUUUCUCAAGAUAAAUCAAGCUAAACCAGAGUGUGGACGACAGAGCCUUGUGGAACUUCUCAUUCGGCCAGUACAGCGGCUACCCAGUGUUGCUUUACUUUUAAAUGAUCUUAAGAAGCAUACAGCUGAUGAAAAUCCUGACAAAAGCACUUUAGAAAGAGCUAUUGGCUCAUUAAAAGAAGUGAUGACACAUAUCAAUGAGGAUAAGAGAAAAACAGAAGCACAGAAGCAAAUUUUUGAUGUUGUUUAUGAAGUAGACGGAUGCCCAGCUAAUCUAUUAUCUUCUCAUCGAAGUCUAGUACAAAGGGUGGAAACAGUUUCUUUAGGCGAACAUCCGUGUGACCGAGGAGAGCAGGUCACUCUCUUUCUCUUCAAUGACUGCCUCGAGAUAGCGAGAAAACGGCAUAAAGUUAUUGGUACUUUUAGAAGUCCUCAUGACCGCACCCGGCCGCCGGCUUCUCUGAAGCACAUUCAUCUAAUGCCUCUUUCUCAGAUUAAGAAGGUGGUAGACAUCAGAGAGACAGAAGAUUGUCAUAAUGCUUUUGCCCUGCUUGUGAGGCCACCAACAGAGCAGGCCAACGUUCUGCUCAGCUUCCAGAUGACAGCAGAUGAACUUCCAAAGGAAGACUGGUUGAAGAUGCUGUGUCGACAUGUUGCCAACACCAUUUGUAAAGCAGAUGCUGAGAAUCUUAUGUACAUGGCUGACCCAGAAUCUUUUGAAAUGAAUACAAAAGAUAUGGAUAGUACUUUGAGUCGAGCAUCUAGAGCAAUAAAAAAGACUUCAAAAAAGGUUACAAGAGCAUUCUCGUUUUCCAAAACUCCCAAGAGAGCGCUGCGGAUGGCUCUUUCAUCAUCCCAUAGUUCAGAGGGAAAAAGUCCUCCCAGCAGUGGCAAACUUGCUAUGAGCCGGCUGUCCAGCACAUCGUCCUUAGCAGGUAUCCCAUCGCCCUCCCUUGUCAGCCUCCCUUCUUUCUUUGAACGAAGAAGUCAUACAUUAAGUAGAUCCACAACUCACUUGAUAUGAAACUUAAAACCCAGGGACCUCACACUUCAAUAAGAUGCUGACUUAAAUGGUACUUUUAAUUAGCACUUGGUGAAAGUUAUGAAGAAGAUAAGUAACACUAACCAAUGCCAUUUUGUUUCCUUAAAAACAUUUUUCAAGAUAAUCUAUGUAAAAAAAAAAAUACUGAUUUUGAUGUAAUUUAUCUCUUUGUUUGAAUCUCACAUCUAAAGACCAGUAACUUAAGUUAUUCAUGAUAAUCAGUAGCUUUGUAACCCUGAGACAGUAAACUUUAUUAGUGGGUGCAAAAUACUAUUGUGUAUUUGUAUAGU